AUGAACAGUCAAUUAAUCAAAAGAGGAAUAUCUGCUGCUACUGCUACUGCUGCACGUAACAGCAACGGUUACAGUUAUAAUUUACAUACAACCUCCUCCUCUUCCUCCUCUCACUACUCACACACUAGUCAACGUUUAAAUCAAACCAAAUUCAAAUAUACCCCUUCUACCACCAACACCAACACCAUUAACACUACUUUAGUUUCAAAUCUAACCAAUAGCAGUAAUACAUUAUUAUCUUCAUCAUCGUUGCUCUUAACUAGACAAUCUACUUUUGCUGGACAAUAUGAAUCAAAGAGAUCUAUAUUCUUUGCCAACCCAUACGAAAAAUACCUAACAAAGAUCAAAGUUGAUACUAUUGAUCCCAAGGAGAACGUACUUGUCUAUCAACACGACAGAGAGACUGUCUUUGCUGGUGUAAAGACUCUUUUAAUUGGUCAAUGUGCUGCUAGUGUUUUAUUCCCAGUUGCUACUUUGGCAAAAGGUUUAGAGGCAAAAUAUCAAAUGAUGGGAGCAUUAUUAUUGGCAUGGAGUGGAACAUUUUAUUUUAUGGGUAAGAGAUUGGUAUCUAAUUUGGCAACAAGAGUCUAUUACAACAAAGCAGAGAAUUGUAUUUUGUUGGUUCACUAUUAUCCAAACCAACAGGUUUUAAAGAUUCCAAUCGAUCAAAUCAAACCAUCACUCAACACUCCGGAAUCACUCUACAUUCUCCUUGAAGACAACACAAUGUUUAUGCUUCAAAAUACGGCCAAGGUCAAUGAUGAAGUGUUGACCUAUAUCAUGUCUGGACAAGAAUAUGAAUUCAAAGUACGUCAAAGAGACGAAAAAGAAUACAAUGAAAUGGUUGAACUCAGUCGUGAAAAGAUCCACGACAUCAUUAAAUCCAAUAAUGAUUUGGAUAAAGAAUUGGAAAAGGUUGAAAAAGAAUUAAAGGAAUUAAAAGAACAAGAAGAAAAGGAUUUAAAAGAACAAGAGGAAAAGGAUUUAAAAGAUCAACAACAAUCAGAACAAAAAAAGGUAUGUAUGUGUAUGUUGUUUUUAAAAUGUAAUCUAUCUGUCUCGAUCGUCAAUGAAAUCGAUAUUUAA